AAUGUCAAAUGUAAUACAACAGCCAAUAUAGACAAUAGAGAACAUAUAAUUUCGUUAGAUGAUACAACACCAAGUGAUCAAAUCAUUUCUGUUCAUGUUCGGUGAAAUUAAAUUGAAGUAAAAAUUGCAUAGCAAAUCCAAACUGAGAUAAUUUUCGAUUGAAAUUGAUUUGUGAUUGAAAAUGGAUGAUAAAAAUGAUGACAAGCCGGCAUGUAAAUAUGGCAUAAAAUGUUACCGCCAAAAUCAAGAGCACAAGAACCGAUUUAGCCAUCAGCCAAGGGACCAGUCGGAUGUUGAUGACGACAAUAGUAGAUCUUCGCCAGAGAUAAAGAAGCGGAAACCAUCACCAUCAUCGUCAUCAGAAAGUGAAAAUAAUAGCAACGAUCAUGACCAGAGCGAUGAAGAAGAUGACACAGUAAAUGAAACUGAAAACUCUGCAAAUGGAAAUUCGUCGAAAAACAAUGUCGCUGUCGUCAAUGUGACCAGAGAAAAGCAAAGUACAUCAUCAUCUGAAUCGGUUGGUGCAAGAUGUUCCGAAUUUAUUAACGAAAGUUUCGAUAAAGGUCCACAUGCUCAGCGUGCCGAACAUCAAAAGCUACUUGAUUCACCGGCCGAAUUUAUUAAUUCCAAAUUUCUCGUUAAAAUGCCCAGUGAUUUUUUCGAUUUUUGGAAAUUCUGUGAGUCACAAACUAAAGCCGAUUCAAAGCCAGAAAAUCUCUUUAAUAAAUUCGGAAUAAAUUUGGUCGGACCGUUUGAUGUCCUAGCUAAGAAAUUUAACAAUGUUGGCCCAUUUGAACCGGGAGAAUAUCUACGUCACUGGCGUUUCUAUUACGAUCCACCCGAAUUUCAAACAUUCCUGGUAAAAGAAAAGACAGGUAUUCAUUAUGGAUAUUGGCGAGAUGAACCAAACGGUGAUUGUUUAAUUGCUCGAAACGAUUCUGAAAAGAAUUGUGAAUUUACUUUUGUCGCUGAUAACAUGUUUGGCGCACUUUUAUAUUUUCUGGAGAAAGACACUCAAUUGAGCCCAUUCAAUCGUUCAGCCGCUGUGGCAAUGAAAAAAUCAAUCGAAGACUUUGCACAUCAAAAGAACAUAUCGUUAACAGGAUUUCCGGCCAAAUUGAAAGCGCGAAAUUUAAAAACGGUUUGUAAAACAUUUCAUAAGGCCGGUUUGGCUGUACCAUACAAUCGGAAAACUGACGUUGGAUACAGACAGCUUGGUGAAAGCGAUGCAAAUCUCAAGAAAAUUCUCAGUCAAUUCACGGAAGCUAAGGGUGAUAAAGAUCGCAUCAUAGCAGCCAUGGACAAACUUCAGCCAUUGAUCACUGCUGCAAAUAUUGCUUGCGAUGAGAGUGACUUCGGAAGUACGAUUGAGCUGGGAAUCGACUUAUUCUGCUUUGGUUUACCGCAACUGCAUUCAGAUGCUUUGCAGUUACUUGUUACCGGAUACAAAAUGGUCAAUAAACCACAAUUCAUCGCUAUUAUCAAAGCUCAUCUGGAAAAACGCAUUAAAGAUUGUUCAAAUCUAUCUAUUUUAAAGUCAGCACAGAGCUCCCUUAAUUCAAAAUAAUAAUCAUAACCAAAGUUCAAUUAAUUGUUAUUUUAUGUUUUUAUGUUUUUUGAAAGCAUGUUUCCCAAUACUUAUGAAUCACAAGAUACUUGAACCGAUUCAAAUAAAUACAGUUUUUUAAAAUUCAAAUUUUGAAAA